AUGACCACCACUAACGCUAAUGAGUUUGAAGUGCCUUUCUUAACUGCUGAACAAAUUCAAAACGUUCAAACAUUUGAUUCAAUUAUCUCAACACAGACUUCUUCCGGAGUGCCUUCCCCUUUCGAUAGUUUAAAAAUUUCUUCUACCGAGGUACUUGAAAAAAUCACUAAACGAACACCUUGUCCAAAAUGCGAUAAACCAGUCAAAUACUUUUGUUACUGGUGCUAUAUAAUUGUUGGCUGCGAUAGUAGCGAAUUACCAAGAGUGAAGUUACCAGUUAAAAUUGAUGUAAUUAAACACCAUAAAGAAAAUGAUGGUAAAUCAACGGUAGCUCACGCAAAAAUUAUAGCACCGGAUGACGUUGAAAUUAUUUCUUAUUCACAAAUGCCAAAAAUUGAAAAUCCGGACCGCAUGUUAUUACUUUUUCCUGGACCGAACUCCAAAACAUUACAAGAAAUACCAAGAUCAUCGUUUGAUAAACUCUUAAUAGUAGAUGGCACAUGGCGACAGGCUUUAAAUAUGGCAAGGACUAAUCCUGAACUGAAAAAUAUUCGUAAAGUCACUAUAAACCCGCAAAAAACAUUAUUCUGGAGAUAUCAAAAUAAAGAUGAAAAUCAUUUAGCCACCAUCGAAGCUCUUUACUAUUUUUUGAAAGAAUAUAGCGAAGUCUAUGAAAUUCCAGAAGAAGCUAUUCAUUCUGAUGUUAAUGGGUAUGAUGGAAGAUACGACAACUUAUUAUGGUAUUUUAAAUAUUUUUAUGAAUUUAUUCAGACUACUUAUAGAAGACAAAAAGGAAAAAAGAAUUUUACUACUAGACAGCGCGAAGGUUAUAUUCGAUAUGAGUAA